GAUCAGCCCCAACUCUUUCAAAUCACAAGUAGUACACAACCUUUGAUAAUACCUCAAAACCUCCCAAAGAAAAACAUUUCUUUGUUAAUUUGAUAGCUAUGGAAUUGUGUCUUCCUAACCCCAAAGCUAAAGUACACCCGUUUUCUUCACCUAAUUCUAAUUUUCUUACACCCUUUUUCAAGAUUUCUUCAGUUCAGCCAUUGGAUAAUGGGAAAUUGCGUAGAUUGUCAAAGUUGAAGUGUGUAAAAGAAAGCUCAGGUUCAAAGUUGGAGUGGAAAAUAGAGGAUGAAAUGGAUAUGGAAAAAGAAUUGGUUGGAAUGAAGAGAUUGAGGGAGAAGUGUAAAGGGGUAAGUGGAAUAGUUGAAUUAUUGGAGUGUUUAGAAAGAGAAGCAAUUAUGGGAGAGGAUGAAGGGAAAGAACCAACAGAUUACAACAGGAGGGCUCAGAUAUUUGAUAAGAGUUCUAGAGUAUUCCAAGCUCUUAAAGAAAAGAAAUAUGGCAAGUAGCAAUAGUUGUAUGUGAUUCUUGACUCUUGUCCACAUGUAUACAUAGAUUGGGAAAAGUUGGGGGUGGGUAUAGUAGGAUGACACUAUUGGAUUUGUAAUUAGGAAAGAAUAAAGGUGGAAAAAAAUGUGGAAAGUCAAGCAAUAAUGGUUCUAUCUAUGAUUUCUAGUCCAUGUAUCUUUGAGGUGUUAGCAUCUACUAAGAUAGAAAAGAGUUGAUUAUGGUGUAUGCCACUUUGUAUUUAGGUCUAUUCUGUUUUAUUGAAAUGUGUGUGCUUGAAUAUGGUUUCUGAAAAAUAGAACAGUUAGUUUACUAUCA